CUGGUUUUAUAUAAAAGUUUUCAAAUGAGUUCAUUGAUGACUGGUAUGAGAUUAAAAUGUUUUACAUAAAUGAAUUUAUUUCACUUGAAUAUAAAAAUGAUAAAAUGGAAUCAAAUAUCAGUUAAUUAGGAAAUUAGGACGAAUCUGCAUUUACAUGUAACAAUGACAUACAGUGGUUUUCAUACUUGGAUCAUGAUGCAGACGACAAAAUGGUUACACAAAGUAGGUAAGUGUUUGUGUUUUGAUAAUUUAUUUAUAAUUUUCUGAAUAAGUUAUGUACAUGUACACUUAAACAAAUAUAAUAUCACAUAAAAACACUUACAUAAACAUAAACAGUUAAAGAACAACUGUUAAAUAGAUAACAAAUGUUCCAUCCCCUAAAAAAGUAUGAAACACCAUUUCGGUAACAGUUAUAGAAUUUUUUUGAAGUAGCUAAAUAUGGUAGGCUAUUCAUCUAAGAUGCGUGUAAGUUUUGAAAUAUUGUCAUCUUAUUUCAGUCAAUUUGACCAAAACAAUCGAGUUUAUAUAACCUUUAUAAUAUAUUGUAGAUCUUGCUUGGCAAGUGAUUGAGGAAAUGAAGUAAAGUUAUCUUUUGAUAAGAAAUGUCCAAACACAUUAAAAUCGUAAAUCCAGACAUUGAGUCUUCAUCGUCAAAUUUAACAAUAAUAUUUGAUUGGGAAAAAUGUAUUUUAUGCCAAGAGAGCACAUCUGAAGCUCUGCAAUGUCCAGCAAAUAUAAGGAGAUCUGAUAUUGAAGUUGGUGCUGGAUAUAGAUCUCUGGAAACAGUGCUCCUUCGAUGUCAAAGUAUAAAUUGGUUUCCAACGACAAUUAGACUUGACCAAUUGAAUGAUGCAAAUGGUAUUGCAUCCAAGUUACAGUUGAUGAAAGCCAAGUGGCACAAAACAUGUAGGAACAAAUACACAGACAUGAAAUUAAAACGACAUGAACAUUCGAAAAGAAAAGUUGAAUCAGACAUUUCUGAAACAUCAAGAAAGAUAACUCGCCAAAGUCCUGGUUGCUCGACAUCGACAAUGACUCAAGAUUGUUUUUUCUGUGGUGGAACAUCAGGAGAGCUUCACAAAGUUUCUACCUUCAGUAUAGACAGUAAUAUCAGGAAAUAUGCAUUGCAAGUGCAGGAUACUGUAUUGUUGGCGAAACUUAGCGCAGGGGAUAUGAUAUCACAAGAAGCUAUGUAUCACAAAAACUGCUACUUAAAUCUUUUUAACAAAGCAAGACCACAAAAGAUUGUAGAUGAGAAUGGCGAAAAUCAAAUCCAUGGAAUAGUUUUGGCUGAACUUGUAUCAUAUGUAGAGGAUUCACGAAUGAACAAAGGUGUAGCUGCUGUAUUUAGGCUGGCAGAUCUCAUGGCAAUGUACAGUAAUCGUUUAGAGCAAUUUGGUCUCGACAUGAAUAAAAGACCCAACUCAACACAUGUAAAAGACAGAAUCCUAGCAGCAAUACCAGAUUUACAAGCCCACAAACAAGGACGGGAUGUUUUACUCAUGUUCAAUGAAGAUGUUGGGAAUGCUAUUCGACAGGCAAUUACAAAUCACUAUGAUGACGAUGCUUUAAUUCUUGCAAAAGCUGCAAAAAUUGUUCGGAAGGAAAUGAUGCAAACAAAGUAUUCCUUCAAAGGGUUCUUUGAAACUGAUUGUCAAAAGAAUUCUGUUCCACAAUCUUUAAAAACACUUGUAGGCAUGAUUUUAGGUGGGCCAAGUAUUGAGAUGCAGUCCUCAAAUUUUAUAGAAGCUCAGUGUACUCUAACGAUUGCACAAUUGAUCCAAUUUAAUUCAUCUGUUCGCAGGAGAAAAGAUUCUGCAAUUUAUUCAUCACAUGCAACUGACCGAGAGCCUCCAUUGCCAACAUAUUUAGGCUUGCUAAUACAUGCUGAAACAAGAAAAAGAGGGCUUGUUGAAAAGCUGUAUGAUUUAGGCUUAUCCAUUUCUUAUGACAGAAUAAUGCAAUUAUCAGCAUCACUGGGAAAUUCCAUCUGCGAAUCUUUCAAUAUUGAAAAUGUAGUUUGUCCUGCUAAGCUUAGAAAAAAUCUUUUUACAACUGCUGCAAUUGACAAUAUAGACCACAAUCCUAGUUCGACAACUGCACAAGGCUCUUUACACGGCACAGCAAUUUCAGUAUUCCAACAUCCAGAAAAUGAGGGGGAUGGCAUCGAGCGCUUGAUCCCACCAAUAGAGGCAUCUUUUGCUAGACAUGAAAAACUAAAGCCACUGCCAGAAUUUUACACUGUAGUCCCACCAGUUGUGCUUCCAAGGGAAAGAUCAGAGAGUUCUCCAAUUAGAGGUUCCCUACUAGUCACUGAUGAUAUACAUGUAACAGUUCCGAAUGCAUUGAAUGAGGAAUACAGAUGGCUUGAACAUGUCCAUGAAAAUAUUGCAGCUGACAAUAGUGAAUGCAUGGAAUAUUCUUGGUCAGCUUUUCAUGCAAAAAGACUACAAGAUAAUCCAGAGACAGUAAUAGACAUUAGCUCAUUGUUACCUUUAUUCCAAGAAGAGGCAAAGUCAGUUGCAAUGAUUCGACAUGCUUUAGAUAUUAUUAAGAAAAUUGUCAACUUUCUUAACCCAGGACAGACACCUGUCAUCACAUGUGACCAACCCCUCUUUGCAUUAGCAAAGCUGAUUCAAUGGACCUGGCCAGAAAGAUUUUCAGAGAAACAUGUUGUCAUCCUAUUUGGUGGUCUUCACAUUGAAAUUGCUGCUUUUAGAACGAUUGGUGAUUGGCUAGAAAACAGUGGCUGGACCAGUGUACUAUGUCAAGCCGACAUAGCAAGUUCAGGCACCGCUGAUUCAUUCCUUAAAGCAUCCCACGUGAAACGGACAAGACACGCACAUGAGGUGACUGCUUGUUCUUUAUACAUUUUGAUGAAGCGUUCUUACGACAGAUAUAUAACAGAACAGGGUGAAAAUGAUCAGCUUGUAUUUGAAGAAUGGCGAGAACAAAGAGAAAUUGAAAGUCCCCUUUUCAACUUCUGGUCUUUAACACUGAAGUUUGAAAUUGCAAUAUUAGUUUUCAUCAGAUCACUGAGAGAGGGUAAUUUUCAACUGUAUAAAGAAUCAAUUUCACUUCUUAUCCCUUGGUUCUUUGCGCUCGAUCAUCCGAACUAUGCGAGAUGGUUACCUGUUCACUUACGUGACAUGGUUAUGCUACAUGAUAAUUCACCAGAAGUGGAAAAAGAGUUUCAAAAUGGUAAAUUUGUUGCUAAGAAAUCUCAUAAUAGAUUUUCAUCAAUAGCAUUAGAUCAGGCACAUGAGCAGAACAAUAAGUUAGUGAAAGGAGAUGGUGGAGCAAUUGGCCUUACAGAAAAUAUGGCUCAGCUUCAAAGGUGGAUGGUAUCGGGUCCAGAAGUAGCCAGAGUAAUAAAUGAAUUCGAAUCUGCUCAAGAACAAAUAAAGAAAGAUCAAAGCAAAGGACCAGAUAUACGACACCACGAACAGGUCAGGAGUCAGCAAAACACAUUCGCAAAGCAUGUAAACGCUUUCUGUUCAGUUGUAGAAGAUAUGGGAAAUCCUUUUAUGGAACAAAGCGAGGAUUUACUUAUAUUGGAUACACAUGAUAUUGUUGACAAAAAGGUAGCUGAAACAGUUAGAAACAUAGAGAUUAUUGGAAAACAGCAAUUCCACCAGUUUGUAAAAGAACGUUUAGAGAGUAACUCAAAAUCUAUUUACGAACCAAUUAAACAAAACAAGCUCCUUUUAUUUAGCCGUCAACAACCAAGAACAGUAUCCAAGGAGAAACAGCAAAUAGUAUCAUUGAAACAGAACUGUUCUCUUUUUUCACAGUUAUAUGUUUCGUGUCAAGUUCGAAAUGGCGAUCUUGUAGAUUUUUUCAAACAUGAAAACCAAGCUUAUCCUCCAUCCCUUUCACAAUUUGGUGAUUUACGCCAUGGAUCGAAAUCUGAUCUUCUUGUUCAAUUGGAGAAAACUACCGAAUCAAGCAAUGAGGCACCUUCAGUUGAUGCUUUAGUUUUAGAUGGGGCUGCCCUUGUUAAUAUGCUUAAACCAAGGGGGAGUAAAACGUUUGAAGAUUACUUCAGAGAUAUUUUUAAACCAUAUAUUCAGAUUCAGCUGCACUCUGUCAGGAGAAUUGAUAUCAUCUGGGAUGAAUAUUUUACAGACAGCUUAAAAUCAUCGGAAAGAACCAGAAGAGGCAAGGGGAUAAGAAGGAGGGUUUUAUCAGACUCUAACGUUCCGGGAAAUUGGGAAAGUUUCUUAAGAGUAGACGAGAACAAGAAGGAAUUGUUUGUUUACCUAUCAAAACAACUGGUAUCAGACCAAAGUUGGGAUGCUGAGAAACAGCUCGUUACUACUAUAGGCAGCUCUGUCAUGUGCUUUAAGACAAAGGACACCAGUCAAAUAGAACCUUGCACACAUGAAGAGGCAGAUACACGAAUGAUGCUUCAUGUUAAGGAUGCAGUUGCAGAAGGGCACGAGUGUGUCAUGAUUCGGACGGUUGAUACCGAUGUUGUGGUUAUAGCCAUAUCUUGUUUUAAGAAAAUUGAACAGAUAAAAGAAUUGUGGAUUGCCUUCGGAGUUGGAAAAAAUUUUAGGUACCUGUCAGUCCACAAUAUUGCCAAUGCUCUUGGACCCCAGAAGUCACAUGGCCUUUUAUUUUUCCAUGCAUUCACGGGCUGUGAUCAGGUAUCAUCAUUUGGAAACAAGGGUAAAAAAAGAGCAUGGGAUACAUGGACAAGCUAUAGACCAGUAAUGGAAACCUUUGACAAUUUAAGCGAUAAGAGUCUGUCGCCAACAGCCGUUGUGGAUCACAUGGAAGAAAUACAACGUUUUGUUGUGCUCAUGUACGAUAAAGCAAGUGAGUGUGUAACAGUCAAUGGCGCAAGAAUGGACCUAUUUGCUAGAAAAGGAAGGGCAAUUGAUAAUAUUCCUCCUACAGAAGCAGCACUGCUUCAACACACAAAGCGAGCCUGUUAUAUGGCUAGCCAGGUCUGGGACAGAUGUCUUGAACCUACCUCUACAACAGUAGAUCCAGGAACAUGGGGCUGGAAAAGGAAUGAAACAAAUAUGUGGAUUCCAUUUUGGACAGUACUACCUGAAGCAUCAGCAUCAUGCAAUGAGCUAAUUAAAUGUGGAUGCAAGCCUCAGAUUGGAUGUAGAGGGAGAUGCCGAUGUAUUAAAGCUAAUUUGACCUGCACUGCUCUUUGUAAAUGUGGCGGAGAAUGUGACAGAGACUAAUUUUUGAACAUUCUCAACAUUAAAACUUUCUUGAAAUAUCUUUAGCAUUUGUGUCUCUUUUAUCUAAAAGAAAAAGACCGGAUAAUUUUCAUUUUUAAUAAAAUAAUUAUUUAAUCAAAAAAAGGGUUACUAUUUUGGGCAAAAUUUUGGCAAAAAUAUCAUAAAAAGCAUCACGUUUUACUUAACUUUAUUUAAUCUGCAAUUACAUGAAAUGGUAAACCUUCCUUAAUGAUUAAACAUCAUUAGUUAUUUUUAAAAUGUUGCUCCUUUGUCAAAACAAACUUUUUAAUAAAGGAAAAUUGAAAAAUUUUAUCAGUUUUCCGCCAUCUUGAAAAUGGCGGCCAUAUUGGAUUUUGAAAAGUGGGUCCAUAGCUGAAAUUGAAGCUUAUACAUAACAAAACUUGUGUAGAAAGUUUCAUGCUUUCUUCAUCAAGUGAGCAAUUUUGCUAAAAUUUUGCACCAAUCAGC